AUGCAGCACAAAUACGGCGACAAGGGCCCUGCCCACUGCGGCUCAGUCGCCGUGUCCAUUGUUGGCAUCGUAUUUGGCAGCGCCAUUGUCAUCGUCGUCUGCUCCUUCAUCUACUGCCUGAUCAGGAGGAAGCUCAACCUGCGCGACAAGUAUGCCCGCUGCAACGGAAACUGCGAAUGCGAAGGCGCUUCCCGACCGCCCCCCACCCGAGUUCCUCGCCCUUCUCCCCCCGCCCCCGAACAAAACGAUGCUGUUGCCGGCCCGAGCGUUGACCCUCCGCCCUAUCUGGGCGAUCAGAACGAGGAGCGACAUGGUUUGAUGAGCCAUAACGAUUAUAAUAAGUCGACUUAG